AUGCCAGAGAUGAACGAAGCGCACGAGGCCCACACGAGGUUGCUCAAGAAACUGGAUGACUUGGCACAACGAGCAAGGAUGUGGAGACAUGUCAUUCCCGAGAUCCAGCAGUUCUUCUCUUCCAUCAACACCGAGAUGAAGUCAACGAUGGACUAUGCGGCGAGGGAAAGGAACGUGAAGAUGAAAGAGCAGCUGCUUUCGAGGUAUAACAACAUCUCACAAGUUUUAUCACAACUAGAGGAGAGCAGGUACGAAGAUCGUUCAACAACCCAAAUCUCGUCCUGUGCUGUGCUGUGCUGUGCUGUGCUGAUGCAGGAAAGCAUCUGCUCAACAACAGCGAUCCGACAUGUGCAUUGGAUGUUCUACGAAAGCACGAGCAUGCAUAUCAAUCUCAAGAUGAUGGACAGCAGACGGCAGGAGACGCACUGGAGGGAGAUUCUCUUUUCCUUGACGGACCAUUCGAAGAAGGAGAAGAAGAAGAUGGGCGGGAGGGCGAAGGUUUCGGUUCCCAAGCUGAGCGACAGGCUGCGGGAGAUGACGAGGGCCCUCCUGCUUGAGCUGCAGGCAUCCUCGUCCAGUCUUCAGCUCUAUGGAGGGAGGAAGAAGGAGCAGGAGCAGGAGCAGGAGAAGGAGAAGGAGAAGGAGAAGGAGAAGGAGCAGAAGUAG